AUGCCCGUGUGCGGCUGCGAACGCUGCCGCCUCCGGGGGCCCCCGGGGGGACGUCUCGGUUGGCUCAGCCACAGCUUUUCCGCGACGUAUAAAGCCCGUCAAUACCCAGUGCGAAAGCGGCCGCACUUUGCAUACAUAUUAAACGGCGCCGUCGACGCGAGGGGCGGCAAUAGCGGCGAAGGCGACGUCAAAUGGGGCAGCCCCCAAGGCCCGACUCACUUAUAUGAUGAUGAUGAUGAUGAUGAUGAUGACGAUGACGAUGACGAUGUCGACGACGACGACGACGAUGAGGCGGAGCGAGGUGGACCCCUGGGCAGCGGUCGCUGCCUGUUCAUUAUCGCGCGCACUGGGGCGUCGACGCCGUAA